CGCCAAGGGCAGGAGUGGGAGGGACUUGAAUGACUCUGUAUUUUCGAUGUCGUUCUGUAGAUUCGUGAACGGCACUUCAUAACCAACUUGGAAUAAGGAGUUGAUUUUUUCUGAAUUUUUGUACAAGUUUCAUUUGCCACGACAUAAUGUCUUUAGACGAAAGAUUCAACAAAGCUGCAGAAGAAGUUAAGGAGCUAAGUUCCCAACCUUCAGACAACGAUAUGCUUGAAUUAUAUUCAUUAUUCAAGCAAGCUACUGUUGGAGACUGUAAUACAUCGAGGCCAGGUAUGUUAGACUUUAAAGGGAAAGCCAAGUGGGAUGCUUGGGAUCGUAAGAAGGGCUUGAGUCAAGAUAGCGCAAAAGAGCAAUACAUUCAGAAGGUGGAAGAAUUAAUAGCCAUGAUUGGCAAGAAGUAAUUCUUGUUGCUAUAAGAUUUUUCAUGUAAACAUUUUUUGCACAUCAGUUGUUUACAUAUGAAUACUGUACCAGAUCGUACAACUUUCUUGUUCUUACCAAUGUGGGUGUAAAAUAGUAAAACAAAACAUACUCUUUACCUUUAUAUACAUUACAGUGCAAUAUUUGUAAAAACAGUCAAAUACUUUCUAAUGAAUUGUAUUUCUAAGUACAUUCCUCCAGUGAAUAAUGCUUCCGGAGGGGCAAUGCAUACGGCCCUGUUUGUCAAGAAGUUUGAAACAUUUUUAUACCACAACAAAUAUAUACGAAGUCGCCAAUACUCGGAGAAAAUAAUCAUGUGGCUUAUCUAAUUUAAGAAUUUAUAUUUCGUUAGCUAAAAGUAUUUUUGCUAUCACGGUAGACUCGCUAUUUAUAACUUCGUUCCUAUUUACUUAAAAGCCAUGGAUUGUACUGAUUCACUCACCACUACAUUAUUGUUACAUACACGAGAUAAGGAUUUUUUUAUACUUCAGUACAGCACAUAACAGAAAUAUUGAACAGAAAAAUGAUCAUUUUUUCUUGAGAAACUUUUAUACCUUUAGAUAUUUUGUAUUUAGUAUAUAUCAGGCGAAUCCAAUGUGUGGGUUUGCAAUUUAUUCAAACUGUUGUAAUAAAAGAAAAUAAAGCUACUUUAUAUACAACGAUACAAGGAA